UGUGUGGCUUAUGUGCGUGUGAUAUAUAAUUGAAAACGACUGGCCAAUGGAUCAUCUAUUAUGCAAUAUGGCCGGCAACAGUCGCAACUCGUCCUACAAUUGUCUCUCAUCAUGGGAUUCCUAUGAUCGUAUACCCAGAGUGCGCGUGGAGUACUAUGUGAAUGAAAACACAUUCAAAGAAAGACUGCAACUCUAUUUCAUUAAGAAUCAGCGUUCAAGCUUACGCAUACGAAUUGCCGAUUUAUUCCUUAAGUUACUGUCGUGUGUUCUCUACAUAAUACGUGUGAUAUUGGAUAAAAAUCCAACAUUUAUAACAUGCUAUGGCUGCGAAGUGGCCAAUAAGACAGAGUUUAUCAUCUCUGCCAAGCUGACGGAGGAGGAGUUCCAGGAGAAUCCAAUUAUUAACUGGGAUGCAAUACUCUGGGUGAAUCGACCCACUGUCCUCUGGGUGCUACAAUUACUUCUAGCCAUGGUGUCGUUAACUCAAUCUUUGGUUCUAACAUAUCUAGGCUAUAAGGGCAACAUAUGGCAGCAAAUACUCUCAUUUCACUUUAUACUAGAAUUAGUAACGACAAUACCCUUUGCACUAACGAUUGUGCAUCCACCGCUGCGCAAUCUCUUCAUUCCAAUAUUCUUAAAUUGUUGGCUGGCCAAACGUUCGCUGGAGAAYAUGUUUAACGAUUUGCAUCGCGCCAUGCAAAAAUCCCAAUCGGCUUUGUCACAACAGUUGACCAUUUUGUCGGCCACAUUGUUGUGUCUGGUGUUCACCAGUGUUUGUGGUAUACAGCACUUUCAGCGCGCAGGGCAUCGCCAUUUGAAUCUAUUCCAGAGCACCUACUAUGUGGUUGUGACCUUUUCCACAGUGGGCUACGGCGACUUUGUGCCGGACAUUUGGCCAUCACAGCUGUAUAUGGUCAUCAUGAUUUGUGUGGCACUGAUUGUGCUGCCCACGCAGUUUGAGCAAUUGGCCUUCACCUGGAUGGAACGACAGAAACUGGGCGGCAGCUACUCCUCGCAUCGAGCGCAGAGCGAGAAGCAUGUGGUUGUCUGUUCAACUACGCUGCACGCGGAUACGAUAAUGGACUUUCUGAACGAGUUCUAUGCGCACCCAUUGCUGCAAGACUUCUAUGUGGUGCUGCUCAGUCCCAUGGAGCUGGACACAACGAUGCGAAUGAUAUUGCAGGUGCCCAUUUGGGCGCAGCGCGUCAUCUACAUUCAGGGCUCCUGCCUGAAGGACGGCGACUUGGCACGGGCGCGCAUGAACGAGGCGGAAGCCUGUUUCAUACUGGCUGCUCGCAACUAUGCGGACAAAACGGCGGCCGAUGAGCACACCAUACUACGGUCCUGGGCCGUCAAGGACUUUGCGCCGAAUGUGCCGCAAUAUGUACAGAUAUUCAGACCGGAGCACAAGCUGCAUGUGAAGUUCGCCGAGCACGUGGUCUGCGAGGAUGAGUUCAAGUACGCCCUGCUGGCCAACAAUUGCACCUGUCCCGGCGCCAGCACGCUGGUCACCCUCCUGCUGCACACAUCGCGAGGACAGGAAGGUCAACAGUCGCCGGAGGAAUGGCAUCGUCUCUAUGGUAAAUGUUCCGGCAACGAGAUUUAUCACAUUGUGCUGGGGGACAGUCGCUUCUUCGGGGAGUACGAGGGCAAAAGUUUUACCUAUGCCAGCUUUCAUUCGCAUCGCAAGUAUGGCGUCGCUUUGGUGGGCGUGCGUCCGGCCGAGCUGCCAGAAUUCUAUGAGGAUACCAUACUACUGAACCCUGGGCCCAGGCACAUCAUGAAAAAGGAUGACACGUGUUAUUAUAUGAGCAUUACCAAGGAGGAGAAUUCGGCAUUUGUCGUUAAUCAAAAUCAAACUACGGAUACAACAACGGCAGCCGGUGGGGCUGGCAGCAGUGCUGCUAGCGCCACCACACAUCACACACAUGCAGCAACUGCCAGCGACACACCGACGGCUGUGAUAAUAUCGGACUCCCGGCAGAAUCUAAAGGACACAACGGUGAGCACAACGCAUUUACCGACGGCGGCGGCUGCGACGACGACGACAACAAUAACAACAACAUCGCUGGUGCUAGGAGGCGGCGGCGGGGCAGCUGGCAGCAGUGGGACGGGUGGCCAAAAUCAGGCCAGCUCCAGCAGCAGCGGCGGCGGCCUGGGCGUCGGCCUCAACAUGGGCACCUCGCUGAGCAUCACACCUGCCGCACUGACCACCACGGGCAAUCACCUGGACGUGCCGUUCGCCAACAAUCCCAAUCUGCUCAGUCCCGAUGUGCUCAAUCAGCGUAGAGGCAGUCGUCGACCCUCCAUAUUGCCCGUGCCGGAUAUGUUUACGUCCUCAUCGUUUAGCAUAGCCGGCAACGACGAUGGCGAGGAGGGCGAUGAGAGCGACGAUGAGAUUGACGACGAGAUGCCUUGGCGUUCGCCCUCAGAGAAAAUUGCUUGCUUGGGCGGUCACUUUCCACAAUCGCGCACCUAUUCGCUCAUCAUGAGCUCCUCGGAGGACUCGUAUCAGCAGCGUGGCAGCGCGCUGGGCGGCGCCAACUGUGGCUAUUGCAAUGCCAAUGCCGCCAAUGCGCCAGCAGCGCAGCCGCUGCCAGCGUCGCUGCGCCGGCGCGCCAUGAAGAAGAGCUACAGCUGCGACAGCGAGUGCGCUCCGCCGUCUGGCCAGCGUUUGGGCUUGGACAUGGGCCUGGACAUGAGCCUGGGCCAGGGGCUGGCCGGUGGUCCGCUGGCAUUGCUGGCGGCGCGACGUCGCCAGUUGCAGCGCUGCUCCUGCUGCUACAGUUGCUCACGCGACAGCUGUGGCAGCAGCAGCACCACCACCGCCACCACCACCACAACGGCAGCGGCUGCCGGUCAGGCGCACUUUCACAGCCUAGCCCAGUGCCCGUUCCAAGCACCGCACCCGCCCCCGCCGCCGCCACCGCCUCCUGGCUGUGGCUUUACGUCGAGCAGCUCCGCAGAGACACGUCGCUUGGCGCGUCCGGUGUGGGCGGCCGACUAUUCCGGCAUUGUCAAAGGUUUUCCACCAGUCUCGCCCUUCAUUGGGGUCAGUCCGACGCUUUGCUACCUGCUCAAAGAGAAGAAACCACUAUGCUGUCUGCAGCUGGCACAGGUCUGUGAGCACUGCAGCUAUCGCAAUGCCAAGGAGUAUCAAUGGCAGAACAAGACCAUCAUUCUGGCUGCGGACUACGCCUCGAAUGGCAUUUACAACUUUAUCAUUCCACUGCGUGCUCAUUUCCGCUCGAAGACCUCACUGAAUCCGAUUAUUUUGCUGCUGGAGCGACGACCCGAUGUCGCCUUUCUCGAUGCACUCUCCUACUUUCCACUGGUUUAUUGGAUGCUGGGCUCUAUUGAUUGUCUGGAUGAUCUGCUGCGCGCUGGCAUUACGCUAGCCGAGAGUGUUGUGGUGGUCAACAAGGAGCUCUCCAACUCCGCCGAGGAGGAUUCACUCUCCGACUGCAAUACGAUAGUUGCUGUGCAAAAUAUGUUCAAAUUCUUUCCAAGCAUCAAGAGCAUCACGGAGCUGUCGCAGAGCUCGAAUAUGCGUUUCAUGCAGUUCCGGGCACACGACAAGUACGCUCUGCAUCUCAGCAAAAUGGAGAAGCGCGAGAAGGAGCGCGGUUCGCAUAUCUCGUACAUGUUUCGUCUGCCCUUUGCCGCCGGCGCGGUCUUCAGUGCCUCCAUGCUGGACACGCUGCUCUAUCAGGCAUUUGUCAAGGACUAUGUGAUUACAUUUGUGCGACUCCUGCUGGGCAUCGAUCAGGCGCCAGGCAGUGGAUUUUUGACUUCGAUGCGCAUUACGAAAGAUGACAUGUGGAUACGCACCUAUGGGCGUCUGUAUCAGAAACUCUGCUCGACCACCUGCGAAAUUCCAAUUGGUAUCUAUCGCACGCAGGACACCUCCAAUGCGGAUACUUCACAUGUGAGUAACUCGCCGGUCGAGAGAUGGGGACCCUUCUCCGCCUUCAGCAGGCAUUGUGUGCGCUUGCGUCCAUCGUAUGAUGAGGAGACUGGCACGCCCGACUCCACCAAGGAUAGCUCGGAAAUGCUGCGAGGUGUUACAUAUCGUCCGCCGACAGCGGGUAGUGGUGGUAGUGGUAUUGGUGGUGGUGCAGGUGGUGGYGGUGGUGGCCGGCCGCGCCAGAAGUCAGUCAAUUGCCUGGGCGGCUGUUCGGAGCGUAAAGGAUCAUCCUAUUCCAUCAAUUUGGCUGACGAGGCACGCGAUAAUCACGCCCAGCAAAUCGAGCGAGCGGAAAUCGCCAAUCUGGUGCGCAGUCGCAUGGAGUCGCUCAAUUUGCCAACCAUCGACUACGACGAUGUCAGCGAGAAGCGCAAUCAUUUGUCCUAUGUGAUAAUCAAUCCAAGCUGUGAUCUUAAGCUGGAGGAGGGCGAUCUGAUCUAUUUGGUGCGCCCCUCACCGUUCUCGGCACAAAAGACCUUCGAGCGUCACAAUUCGCGCCGCAAGUCGAACAUUUCGUUCUGUUCGAACAUCAAUUUGGGCGCCACCUGUGGCCCGCAAAUGCCAAAUAUGAGCAACACCGCCGUCGGAGCUGGUUCGCGACGCGGCUCCGGCAUCGCCGGUUUGAACCCCAUGCAAAUGCAGAGCGUUCAGACAUUGGCCGGGUAUGGAUCAUCGCAGCGCUGUACGCCCCCGAUGCAGCAAAUUAAAUCGAAUUCUCUUUCUCUACCCGACAGUCCGACGGUGGUUGGCUCGCAGCGCGGCAGGAGUAACUCAUUGCGGAUCGAUAACGAUAUACUAUUGCGUCGCUCGUCCUCGCUGCGGCAGGGCUUGCCCAGCGUGGGCGUCAGCCAUGGUCGCCGCAAGUCCUCGCUGGAGGAGAUCGGCAUCAGUCACUUUACCACACUGAUGCAGGCCACCAAUCACAGCAAUCCCAUCAAGAUAUCACUCAAUGGCAGCAUUGGCAUGGAGAAUCAAAUCUCAUUGCAAGUGACGCCGCCCGAGGAGCCAACGCCCAUGUUGGGCGUGCCGUGUGUGCUGGGCGGCGGCGGUGUGGGCGGCAUUAAUCCGUCGGCACUGGGCGGCAGCUCUGGAGGAGGAGGCGGCGGCGGUGGUGGCAGCGGCGGUGGCGGUGGUGGUGGCGGCGGCGGUAGCAGCGGCGGCAUGCUGGGCGCCGGCUCCUCGCUGGCCAUAAAUACCGCAGAUCUGGGUCCCGGGCCGAGCACCUCGUCGGGCGCCUCGCUGCAGGCGCAGGACUCGCUGCCGCAGUCGUCGCAGGCUCCGUCGCCGCAGCAUUUGCAGGGCACGAUUGUAUGAUACAACCUGAUGUGGGGUCGCCGACUCCGCUCGUCCAUGUCCAAAAACAAAUGGAUAUAGAAUUCGGCCAGCACACACAGACGUCGAGACAAGUUCUAAAGGAGCUAGAACUGUCUCUGCUUAAUAUAAGGUCAAGCUGCUUAACCCUAGAAACAACCAAAAACAGAAAAACGAGCAUAAAAACCAAUUAAAACACUAUUUGUAUAAAGAAUUGUAAAGAGAUGAGCUCGUGUCGAUAUAUCGUGUCACGGUUUAUUUACACUGUGAGAAGUGAUGCAAACACAAUGUAAGUCUUUGUUUU